AAAACAAACAAAACAUUCGUUUUGAUACGCACUUUUUUUUUGACCAUUUGACUUGCUUAUUGUCCUUUUUUGUCGAUUUUUAGUAUCUUCAGCCUUUUUCAUUACUAGUCUACUUUCCUUGUGAUAUCUUUUCAUCAAUUGUGACUGGUAUUCAACAAUUUGAAAAGAGAUUUUUAAAUUUAUCAUUAACCUUCUUAACAAGUUCCAUUGUACUUCAACAUUUAAAUUUUAUUGCCAUCUAAAGCACUAUCCAACCAUUUUCUGUGCCUAUCUUUGCUCUUAAUUGGUUAUAAUUCCGUUUAUUCCACUUUUUCCACUAUUGUGAUUUUAAUUCUUUAUCUACCAUAAUGAGUAAAGUUGAUGAAGUAGAUUACUACACCUUUCACAAUCAUCCCCAACAAGGAUCUUCUGGUUAUUUAUUGGACUCAGAUGAAUCCAGUUCCAAUCCGGCCUGGGUAGAAAAGCGGCAAAAGUUAAUUAAUCACCUAUCAAACGACCUUGCAAUUGCUCCUGAAGAUGCUGAUGAUUUUGAUGCUCUUAACGAUGAAACUUUCGGAGCUGCAACCUUCGACGAAGAUUGGGAACAUCAACAUGAAAAAAUGGCCUCAUUGAUUUCUGGGCCUUCUCAAUACCAAUCGCCUGCUGGCUUAUCAGGCAUGCAUAAUCAACCACACACGACGACAUCACCUUCCCCUCAUCAACCAUCUUCAUCUCAAUUUUUAAAUCAAAACAAUCUUCCCUGUUUCGACUCGAGUAAAGUUCUGGACUGUCAAACCAUUGAACAGGGAAUGCACAAUUUGUCUACAUCAUCCAGAGCAAUUCCUCCAGAAGCAAAUAGUAGACAAAAAACGAGCCCAAACAGCAAUUUUUUCGGCAAAACUUCAUUGGAAAACCCUUUCAAUAAUGCACCAAUUAGAUCAACAGAAUCAAUUUGGAAUACUGAUCUUGCAUCUACAAAACUUAAUCAUAACGAUAACACUAAUAUUCAAAUGACGUCACCUAUUUUGAUGGCCAAUGUUGUAAGUUCAUCUAUGUGUGCACCUGCUGAAUCAUCUUCAGUAAAUCAACCGCGACAAAUAAUUGAAAAUGAUGAGAAUUCCUCUUCCAGGCCUGUUAUAAAAAGACCAGUUAGAGCAGAGAUUUAGAAGCUAUGCUGUUGAACUCCGACGUCAAUCGUAAAAUUCUA